AUGGACUUGUACCUAAGCAACUGUUUAAAGGUUGCUGAAGCUGCUGUAGCCAAGGGGCUUUCUGGCAACCAAAAAGCAGACAAUUACACAUGUAGUGCCAUGAAAGAGAGACCUACCAUUCCAAAGAUUGGACCAUCUCGUCUGUUGGAUUUACCCCUUGGGGCCAAACUGCCCAUUAUCCCAGGAAGUACUAAUAUAUUCUACACAACAAAUUUAUGUGAAACGCUUUUCCAGCCUUCUUUUGAUUUUAACCUUAAUGACCCGUACUGUAAACUCAUGGAAACCACCUACAAAAGUCUUCAUGAUCCACACUUAAAAGCAUACUUCAAACGAAAAGACAUUAUUGAGAAACUAAGAAAAGGAGGCUACAUCACAGGCAAUAAUAAAGUUGUAUGUUCCUUAAAAGAGCUGAAUAAAUACAGACAAUAUCUCACAGCUUUAAAAACUGACUUUGAACGAAACUAUAUAAGAGAACAAAAAAUUAUAGAAAAUCAAGUAAAAAAGCUGAAUGAAGAGAGACAAGCCCGUGACGAUGAUGCUGCCACUGCUGGAUUUCAGCAGUGGCUGUUAGAAGGGAAAAAUCCUAGCCCACAUCAAGUUAGAUUAAUAAGACUCAGACAUUUACACAUGAUUAAAAAAGAACUAGACAAAAUUGAAAACACCUCGGGAAGACGGAAUACACUACAGUUGAAGGAAGAAGACAGAGAACAUUGGGAUAAUGUUAGGAAAGUUCUGAAUCUACGCUCACAAGUUGAAGAGGAAAUUCAGUUAAAAGAGAUGACACUUCUGACAAAGAUCGGGGAAGAAGCUAAGAAAGAGAGAAGAGUUGAAGAACAUCGUCAGAAAAUCAGAGAUGAAAUUAACAGAAAGAAACAAGUAAUGCUACAGAAAAGGAUUGCCUACCAUUUAGAAAAACUGCAAAAGAAAGAUAGUAAAGAAGAAAAGCUGGAAGCAAGUUUCCCUGAAAGAAAAAGACAUUCUGUUUUUGAUCAGAUUAUAAGGGAUCAAAAACUAGGAAAGAGGGAGAAUAUGAGAAUGAAAGAGCCCAAGAAAACUUUAAAAGUACAAGAUGGGGCUUCUUCAACAGAUUCAAGGAGAUCGAGUUUGCCUGAGGAUCAGUCAAGUCAAGAAAAUUUGGAAUAUAAACAUUGUCAUCAUUCCAGUGGGAAUAAAAUAAGUUUUGCUGAGCAGUCUUCCCCUGAAUCUAGUGAACAAAAAUAUCAUUAUCCAAAUACUAAGAGAACAAGUUUCGCUGACUGGAAACGGAAGGAAGAAAAUCUAGACCCAAAAUUAUUUAAGGAAAUGAUCACUGUGCUUUUUCUCUUUCAGUUUGUUUAUACUGUGGAUUCCAUUGAUAGAUUUCUGUAUAUUGAACCACCCCUGCAUACCUGUGUGGUUAAGAUUUGGACCUGCUGGGGCAGAUGCAAGUGUAAUCAGUUCAGUGGUGCUGCAGCUGCAGAACUUAUGCUGUUAAAGAGGUCCACUGGGAGUCCAGACACAGCAGCAGAACUGGGAGGCUGGUAUAGAUUCCUGUUGGGAAGUCCUGAGGAGCCCUUACAGUGGUCCACAGACCUGGGUGGCCCGAUGAGCCUAAUGGAUCUGGGUGUCCUCUACUCACAUCGUAAAAGGAAGACACGUAUCACUGACCAGAAAUCAUCUCAAGAACUUAUAAAAGCCAAAGAAUCAAGCCAUCAUUCUCAAAAUACUAUCAAGUUUUUUACUAAGACAACAACUUUACCAACUCAACAGAGAAAUGUAUAUAAUACAACAGAGCAAAAGUCUGCUCUCCUACAAUUCUCAACCUACUUCUGGCAUCUGGCCGGGUCCCGCGGGAACCUGAAGAAGGCCAGGUUGGACUUCGUGCUCUUCCGAGUGCAGUUGGUGGCAGAGCAGAAGUCCAGCACAGCUGCUUGGCCGCCUUUGGGUCCAGCCCUCCCCUCCCCGAAUCGUCAGGGCAGCUAG